CGAGGGAGGUGGCUGUUGAGAAAGCUGCUGAGGGCAGGAACAGAGUAAUACCAAGCAGGGUGUUUGAAAAGCGCGGGAAGAGCUGCGGGAACUGGAGCCAACCAAUUGCCAGAAUGAGUGAGCUACCCACUAAAAGACGCAGGAUUUAUACUUCUGAUACAAAGUGGGAAGCGAAUCCUUGUUUCACAGCAGCACAACUAUCCCCUGCAGUGCAAUCCAGGAAUGCUACAAUUGCAUCUUUUAAAAUUGCAAAUUUGUUUGCUAAGAGAAGAAAAUCUCUUGAAGAUGCGGAGGUGGUGCAGAAGAUGCUAUUGGUUGUUGGGAAGGCCCUUUUUGAAGGGUUGUCUAAUGAAAAUGAUACAAUUACAGCAAUAAAAAUGUUGAAUCUGUCUGGAGAAACACUUUCCAGAAGAAUUGAAUCAAUUUCAAGUGACUUGGAGCAUCAACUGCAGACUGAUUUGCACAAAUGUCUUUGGUUUUCACUUCAGCUUGAUGAAUUGACAUACAUGACAGACACUUCCCAGUUAAUAGUCAUUGUAAGGAUGGUAUUUGGUGACCUUUCUGAAAAAGAAGAGCUUCUCAAAAUACUACCGCUAAAAGGAACAGGAGGUGAAGAUUUAUUUCAGACUUUCAGAAAAUAUGCCAAGGAAAUAAACUUGCCUCUUUACAAAUUGUCAUCCAUCACCACUAAUGGGACACUAGCAAUGGUGGACUGUAUCAAUAUGCUCAUUUCCCACUACAGGAAAGAUGCAUCUCUCCCAAAGUUUGUUUCAUACCACUGCAUUAUUCACCAGGAAGCAUUGUGUGCUGAAGUACUCCAGUUUAAACAUAUCAUGGAUAUUACUACAGAAAUAAUAAAUGCCAUUCAGACUGUGUGCCAUUCAGACAAACUUUUUAAGGCACUUGUUGAGGAUUUGGAUGCUGAAUAUAAUGAUCACCUCUUGUACACUGAAGGUGGGUGGCUGAGUGGAAAGGUUCUGGUCAAAUUUUUAAACCUGAUUGAAGAUAUAAAGGAGUUCUUAAAGUCUGAAGAUCAGUACGUUGAACAACUUGAUAACAGGCUUUGGUUGAUUGACUUGGCUUUCGUUUCUGAUUUGAUGCAAAAACUAAACAGUUUGAACACUGAGUUUUGUAGAGAAAAAAGCCAUAUUUCUGGCAUGAUCUCUUCAGUCAAUUUCUUCAAAGGUAAACUUAAGUUGUGGAAGUCACACUUGCAUAGGAAAUCAUUACUCCAUUUCCCUUCAAUGAAGCAAGUUGUUGGUGAAGGUGAUUUCAACAGCAAACCAUUUGUUGACCAACUUGAAACACUUGAGGAUCACUUCCAGGCUCGAUUUCAACAACUGGUUGUUAUUGAACCACUUGUCGCAUUUUUAGAAACCCCAUUCCAGUCUAUUGAUGUCCCAGAUACAGCAGCAGUCAUUGGGGAACUGUGUCAGGCUGGUUUAGAAGAAAUAGAGCGAGAGCUUGUGGACCUUCAAAGUGAUGUGGUUUUAAAAUCUAAUUCAAGGUAUGACAAUUUUUGGAAUCUGGUUGAUCCUCUAAAGUUUCCCUUUUUGAGGAAGGCUGCUGCAAAGAUAAAAUCUUACUUUGGAUCAACUUACCUAAGGAAUUCACUCUUCCUGGCAAAGAAAUGUAUUGAAUCAGAAAACAGAGCACAGUUGACUAAAGAGCAGCUGCAUGACUGUUUGAGAGCUGCAUUGUCUUCAUACAUCCCCAAUUAUAACAAGCUUGCAGAUGACAUGGAGUGCCAAGCAUCACACUAGUCUAGUUUAGAGUAGUGUGUUUCAGCACUGACCAGGAAUAUGUAUCUACAGCAUCAGCUGCAACAUGCUAGCAGAAGCCUGUAUUAAGGAGGAGGGAAAGUAACAUGUAAAUAUUACCUAUUGGAUUGUGAUGAUUGCACCUUGAAAGUAAAUAGGGUGAACUGUUGUGAACAUGCCUUGCUCCAUUGCAACCACUCACCACCAGACCACGGACAGACUCUUGUUGAUGGUAUAUAGUUUCCAGUCUAUUGUUCCAGUAAGCUUUGCACACAGGGGUUUUAAAGUUAAUUAACACCUGCCACUGAAAUAUCAGUAGUUUAACAUGAUGUGGCUUAUUCUGCUUAACUUCUGUAUCAGAGGUAAUUUCAUGUAUAAGUAUAAAGAAACAUCUGUACACAGCAUCUGUGUAUGUUAACUUUAAAAAUAAAUCGAUUUCAAAACACCA